AAAGCGCCACUCAGUCAUGUGCCUCAGUCACAUGACAUCGGCCUAAUUAGCGCUAGUGCUGCAGUGUAGUGAAAUGGCAGCGUUCCUACAGUGGAGGAAAUUUGUCUUCUUUGACAAAGAUGUAGUCAAGGAUCCUUUGGAAAAUGGGAAGAACUUUUAUCUUCCAAGCGGAAUAUCAGCAUGUGACUCCGGACGUGGUCAUAUUGUUCUUGGUGAUAUGGGGGGCAAGAUUUGGCUUUUGAUGCGCUCCCUACAAUUAACACAUUUUCAGGCCUAUAAGUUGCGGGUGACCCACAUCUAUCAGCUGAAGCAGCACAGCAUCCUUGUGUCAGUGGGGCAGGAUGAACAUGGAAUAAACCCUCUAGUAAAGGUCUGGAACCUUGACAAGCGAGAUGGUGGAAAUCCUCUCUGCACGCGGAUUUUUCCCGCAAUCCCUGGCAACAAACCGGCUGAAGUGUCCUGUUUAAGUGUGCACGAAAACCUCAAUUUCAUGGCCAUUGGCUUUACAGAUGGCAGUGUGGUAUUGACCAAAGGUGACAUCACCAGAGACCGUCACAGUAAAACUCUGACUUUGCAUGAAGGAACGAGCCCAGUCACAGGCCUUGCCUUCCGGCAAGUGCUAAAGGUCACACAUCUGUUUGUUGCUACUCUCGAGAGAGUUUAUUGCUACGCCCUGUCUACCAAGGAGUAUCCUAAAAUACAGCUGGACACACACGGCUGUGCACUGCAUUGCUCAUCCCUUUCAGAUCCCUCUCAGGAUUCCCAGUUUAUUGUGGCUGGUGAUGAAUGUGUGUACCUGUAUCAGCCUGACGAACGAGGACCAUGCUUUGCUUUUGAUGGACAAAAACUGUUGGCCCACUGGCACCGUGGAUAUCUGUUUUUAAUCAUCAGGGAUGCAAAGUCACCUAACAAGACAGGGUUUGGUAGCCGGGAGAGCUCUUCGGCAGAGAAUCAGCUUUUGACGAUCUAUGACCUUGACAACAAGUUCAUCGCCUACAGUGCCCCCUUUGAGGAUGUCAUUGAUAUAGUGGCAGAGUGGGGCUUGUUCUACAUCCUGACCAGAGAUGGCAAAAUGUUUGUUCUUCAGGAGAAAGACACGCAGACCAAACUGGAAAUGUUGUUUAAGAAAAACCUGUUUGUCAUGGCAAUAAACCUGGCUAAAAGCCAGCACCUGGACAGUGAUGGGCUGGCAGAAAUCUUCAGACAGUAUGGUGACCACCUCUAUCUUAAGGGAGACCAUGAUGGUGCCAUCCAGCAGUACAUUCGCACCACUGGUAAACUGGAGCCAUCAUACGUCAUCAGGAAAUUUCUGGAUGCUCAGAGGAUCCACAACCUGACAGCAUACCUACAAGCCCUGCACAGACAAUCACUAGCCAAUGCAGACCACACCACGCUACUGUUGAACUGUUACACUAAGCUAAAAGAUAGCGCCAAGCUGGAAGAGUUCAUUAAGAGUAGUGAAAGUGAGGUCCACUUUGAUGUUGAGAUAGCCAUUAAAGUUUUGCGACAGGCUGGCUACCACAGCCAUGCUGUUUUUUUGGCUGAAAAACACAAGCACCAUGAAUGGUACUUGAAGAUCCAGCUUGAAGACCUAAAGAACUACCAGGAAGGACUUCGUUACAUUGGGCGUUUACCGUUUGAGCAAGUUGAGAGCAACAUGAAGCGUUACGGAAAGACCUUGAUGCACCAUGUUCCUGAAGGUACCACAAGACUUCUGAAGGGGUUAUGCACCAAGUACCAACCCAGUGCAGACACUGCUGAAAAAGACCUUUAUGAAAGCAGUAUUGUCAACAAGGCCAACUCUGAGGAAUUCAUUCCAAUUUUUGCCAAUAACCCUCGGGAGCUGAAAGCCUUCCUGGAGCACAUGAUUGAGGUGGACACUCUAUCUCCUCAGGGUGUGUAUGACACACUACUGGAACUCCGGCUGCAAAACUGGGCACACGAACAGGACCUAGAAAAAAAAAAUAUUCUACAGGGAGAAGCUUUGUCACUGUUGAGAAGUGACCACACAGUGUUUGAUAAGGCCCUGGUCCUGUGUCAGAUGCACAACUUUAAAGAAGGCGUCCUCUACCUUUAUGAGAAGGGUAAACUGUACCAGCAGAUUAUGCACUACCACAUGCAGAAUGAGGAGUAUGGUAAAGUGGUAGAGGCCUGCAAACGCUAUGGAGACCAGGAGGGCUGUCUGUGGGAACAAGCACUAGGAUACUUUGCCAGGAAGGAAGAGAACUGCAAGGCCUACAUCAGUGAGGUCUUGCAGCACAUUGAUCAAAACAACCUGAUGCCUCCAUUACUAGUAGUUCAGACACUGGCCCACAACUCAACAGCCACUCUCUCAGUCAUCAAGGACUACCUUAUCAACAAGCUUCAGAGGGAGAGCCAACAGAUAGAGGAGGAUGAACGCAAAAUUCGCCAGUACCGCGAUGAAACUGCUCACCUUCGCUCUGAAAUCCAAGAGCUCAAAAUGAGUGCCAAGAUAUUCCAGAAGACUAAGUGUAACAUGUGCAACAGCCCCUUGGAGCUUCCAUCUGUGCAUUUCCUGUGUAGCCAUUCCUUUCACCAACACUGUUUUGAAAGCUAUGCAGAGAGCGAAGCUGAGUGCCCAACGUGCACUCCGGAAAACCGCAAAGUCAUGGACAUGUUGCGUGUUCAGGACCAGAAACGUGACCUGCAUGAUCAUUUCAACAGACAGUUACGCACCUCCAAUGAUGGUUUUUCUGUGGUGGCUGACUACUUUGGUCGAGGAGUAUUUAACAAACUGACUCUGGUCACAGACCCACCUGGUAGCAAAACUGCAGGUAGCCUAGAAAUGAAUCUGCAGAGAGACCUUCUUAUCCACACCAAGAGAACCUGCUAGAAACUUCAGCUUGUGUAUAUGGUUCAAUGCAGCAUGUAAUACUACAAUAUAUAGCAACAUAUGCAUCAGUCUGAUUUUAGUACUUAUGGUGUAACCUUUUGCGGAAUUAUAUUCAUCAUCUUGUAAUCUUCUGGGGAUAGUAAAAAUGUACUUUGCUUUGAAAAUUUGUUACAUGGUUUUCAGUGUGUUUUACUGUAUGUACUAUAAAGAUACACAACACUUUAAUGACAGAAACAACUGUUACAAAGGGGCAAUAUUGUACUUAAUUUUAAAUGGUUUUUUGCAGCAAACAAUCUGAAAUUAAAAUCAUGCACCUGCUUCUUAGUGUUAAUGUAAGAUAGUUGUUAAUGUUUUAGCAUUCACACACCCAUGAACUUGUGUGUUUAAAAGAUGAGAAGGUGGUAAAAAAGCAAAUUACAAUUACAGACUACAUAACACAUGUUUUUAUGCAGGUGCAGUUCUGAAUAUGCCUGAGGUGAUAUACAGUAUCUCACAGAAGUGAGUACACCCCUAUUAAAUAUAUAAUAUUGUUAUAUCUUGUCAUGUGACAUUGAAGAACUUUGCUACAAUGUAGCAAAGUAGUUCCUUUGCAUCUUGUAUAACAAUAAACAUUUUGCUGUUCCCCUUAAAAUAAGUCAUUAAUGCCAUUAAUGUCUAAACAAUUGGUCACAAAAAUGAAAACACCCCUAAGUGACAAUGUCCAAUUUAGGCUGAAAGUGUCAAUAUUUUGUGUGGCCUCUUUUAUUUUUAAUCUGCCUUAAAACUCUCUUGGAGGCAUGGAGGCACCUGUACCACUGUACCACUUCAACUCCUCCAUGGCAAUGUCACGGAGCUGGUGAAUGUUAGAAACCUUACGAUCCAGCAGCACUUAUGCAUCCCCACACACCACGACACUCCUGCUAUGUUUGACUUUAGGCAAAAAACACACCGAACUUGUUUGCUGCCACACAAGCUUGACACCAUAUGAACCAAAUACUUCAAGUUUAUCUUGGUCUCAGACUACAUCACAUACAGUAGUUCCAGUAAUGCAUAUUCUAAGUCUGCUUGUCUUCAGCAAACUGUUUGUGGGUUUUUUUGUGCAUCAUCUUUAGAACAGGUUUCUAUCUGGGGCAAAAACAAUUCAGACCAACUUGAUACAGUGUGUGGUGUAUGGUCUGAGCACUGACAGUCUAAGCCCCCCACAACUUCAACCUCUGCAGCAUUGCUGGCAGCACUCAUAUCUAUAUCCAAACAUAACCUCUGGAUAUUAUGCUAAGCAUGAGCACUCAAAUUCUUUGGAUAACGAUGCCAAGGCCUAUUCUGAGUGGAACUUGACAGCAAAUGUUGAAUGGUAUACAAUCUGUAUAGUUACUACAGUACUUUAUUUUGUAACAAAAUGUCAAUUUCUUAGUAAUGUCAUAUGACAAGAUACAUUAAAAUAUUCACAUAAAUGUGAUGGAUGUACUCACUUUUGACAUACUGUAUGUAAUUAAAUAAAAAUCAAUAGUAAUCCACCAGACA